ACUAGCCAUCAUAAGCGGGUGGGAGGACCUGAGGCUGCCGCUGGCGCAGCGCUGGCUAUUCGACUCGAGGAUCGCGCAUCAGUGCUCUAUCAGCCACCUCGCAACCGCUCACGAGCCCUGUGCUCACGCCAUCGCGCUGCGGUCGACAACCAGUGCCUGCUCUCCGGUGCCUGCUCUCCGGUGCACUCAAGCCAUAUGGAGCCGAAGCCAUGCGACAACAAUGCUGAAAGUACCGCGCUGGACCAAGAACUGGACGAGCUGACCUUAGGACCCGACACCGACCGCGUCAUGGCUGUGCUCUCCUUAAAGCUGGCGCAGAUCAGUCCUAUGUCGCGCGCCAAGCUGACGCAUUGCUCCCGCACGACUCGCGAGGUGGUCCUCGAGGCCUGCCCGCUGCCGCUGCAGAGCUGGGUCGCCUCGCCGAACAAAGGGAUCCUCUACGAGGAGCCCCGCGCCUGGCAGGCGCACUGCUAUGCCGUGUGCUGGCACGUGCAAGGUCAUGAAUAUAUGGAGCCCCGGGCGGCGGGGUGCCCGUCGGUCGCGCCGUGCGCGCGCGGCGACGGCGCGGGGCUAUGGCCGCCGUAUCUGGAACGACCGAGCGGCGACGAGGGCCUGCACCUGCGCGGCGGCGUGCUCAUCCUAGCCGCGAGCGACGAGCUCGACUACAAGCGGGAGUAUUACGAGGAGCAGCGCGCACUGCUCCCGCACGAGCGUAGCGGGUCGAGGGUCUCGCCGGUGCCCACCCUCGCGGUCACGCUGCACUGCCCCGCCUUUUCGGAGGUGUACAUCCGGUCCGAGGCCGCCAAGGCCGCGUGGGGCCGGUGGGAGGCCUACUGCGAGGCGAACAACGUCCCCAACAUCCGCGGACGGUGCCCCCAGUGUCCCUUCCUCUGGCUCUACCCCCGGGCCGUCCUGGUCAAGAUCUGCAGCUUCGCCGUCGAAUACGGCUGCAUGAUCGACUGGGUCCUUGCGGUCGUGGCACUGGCGCGGGGGGAGGAGUUCUGGGAGCGCGGCGACCGCGAGCCCAUCACGUGGGCGUGGCUCGAGAACAACGUCCUCUUGAACGACUUGAAGUACGAUCACGCCGUGCGGCCCGACCUGGUCGAGCAGGGCUACGACAAGAACUACGUGAUGCUCGACUCGGUCCCGGAGGCGCUGCGGGACUUCCUGCGGCGCAAAUGGAAGUGCAAGUGGGCCCAGGCCGAGUACGACGACCGCAUGCAGUUCAUCAAGUCGAAGCAGGAAAUCUUCCAGUUCUUCAGCUGAGCGCCGCCCGCCGAGGUGUGUGUUAAUACAUGUUACCUAGAU